AUGGGUUCCGCACCAACGACCCACCAUAAUAUCGUCGUCCUCGAAUCUGUCUUCAGUCCGGUUCCUGAAUUCAAGCUUCCAAAUGGCCUCACUCAUACCUUAACAUCAUACCCUCGAACCCAACCCACUGAGGUUGCGGAACGCAUAAAAAAUGCUACGAUUCUCAUCACGACUACGAUUGCUCUACCCGCGGAGGUCCUUUCCGAAAACGUAUCGCCGCAUCUCCAGUUCAUCGCUGUCAUGGCCGUGGGAACCGACACAAUAAAUCUAGAUGCAUGCAGGAAGCGCGGGAUCCAAGUCUGCAAUUCUGUCAACGCGAAUGCCUCUUCUGUGAGCGAACAUGCGAUUGGGUUGUAUUUUGCGGCGCGGAGGAAACUCAUCGAGACACAUGUGGCUCUGAGAGCGAAUGAGUGGCCACGGAGGGGGACGUUGAUGAAUAUGCUGGAGGAUAAGACGGGGACGAUGCCGUUGACCUGUGAGGAGGAGGUUAUGGGGUUGAUUGGGUAUGGGUUCAUUGGCAAGAAAAUAGGCCACAUAGCACGUAUGCUGGGGAUGAAGGUCCUGGUAGCGGACCGACGGGGCGCGAAGACGAUACGAGAAGGCUACACGUCUUUCGAAGAAGUGCUCAAGCAGAGUUCAGUAGUGGUCCUCAUUAUACCUCGGACGCCAGACUCCAUUAACCUCAUUUCGACUUCCGAGUUGAAGGUAAUGAGGCCACAGGCGGUGCUUGUCAACGUGUCGAGAGGUGGAAUUGUGGACGAGGCUGCAUUGGUGCAGGCACUGAGAGAGAACUGGAUCGCAGGCGCAGCGGUGGAUGUGUACGCUACAGAGCCGGCAGGACCUGAAACGUCUCCUCUCGCAACAGAAGAUACCAAGGAUUUAAAUUUAACGCUGUCGCCACAUUCGGCGUGGGUGUCGGACACAACGAUGCAAAAUCUGCAGCGGAUGGUAGGGGAAAACGUGGAGGGAUUCUGCGCGGGAAAGCUACCAGCAGCUCAUAUUGUUGUAUGAAGAGAAUCUUGAGACCCG